AUGAAGGAAACUGCGAUUGUUGUUGGCGCUGGUCUCGGAGGGAUGACAACUGCGCUAUCCCUCGCUUUCCAUGGGUUUAAAGAAAUCAGAAUCUACGAAAAAUCAACGAAGAUCUUGAAUCCGAUCGGUGCUGGACUCGGUAUUCAAGGCGCAACUCUGUGCCUUGACAAAAUGAAUCUGACUCAUGUUUGGAAAAAAGUCGGUCACCCAGUCUAUGAAGCAAGAGUUACCGCUGGCCAUGAGAAACUUAGCAGUCUAAACAUCAAAAAACUUCUUGGAGGAACGGUUCUUGAAGAUCAUUUUAUGAUGACAAAGAGAAAUGCUCUUAUGAAAGAGCUCUGGGCUGAAUGUGAGAAAAAUCCAAAAAUAAAAACGAAACUUGGUGUCAAAGUAACGGAAUACAAGAACACUGAUUCCGGGGCUGAAAUCACCUUCGCCGACGGAACAACAGAUUCAGCAGAUAUCGUCGUUUCAGCAGAUGGGAUUCACUCAAUCGGUCGAGAUUUCGUCGAUCCAGAUUGUCCACCGCCAGAGCACUCUGGACUUUGCGUUUUUUAUUGUCUUCUGAAAGAUAUCGACAAGGAGAGAUUCCCGGAUAACUCGACUCUCGAAUUGCACCUAAACAUGGGAAUGGCCAUGGUCAUGCGAGUUAGUGAAACUGACGGGAUGAUUGUUGUGGCUCAUCAAGCGUCCGAAAAAUGGAAUGUCGACAGUCAAAAAUGGACAUUCGACGUCUCUCCUCAAAUCUUCCACGAAUUGAUGGAAGACCAUGAUUUCUACAAAGAACAGGACUGGAUCGACGAGAAAAUGAUCAAAAACGUCCACUGCCUCAGCCACCUUGGGAUCUAUCAACAACCACACGUCUCCAACUGGUACAAGGGAAAUGUCAUUUUGGUCGGUGAUGCUGCUCAUGCCACAUCGCCAUUUAUGGGGCAAGGCGCGAAUCAAGCGAUGAUUGAUGGAUAUUACUUGGGAAGAUGUUUGAACGAAUCCGAAGAUGUUCCAACAGCUUUCGAGAAGUUCUUCAAAGCGCGAGAUGCAACAACUCGGAAAAUCAUCAAUUCGUCAAAAGAGCUCGGCCACAUGAGGACCGGAACGUCAUUCUGGAAUCGAAUCAAGCGCUCUGGAGUACGAUUCGGCCUUCGAAUUGCUUCAAAUGUGGGGAUGAAUCUAGCUGAGGAUCAAAUGCGAAAGUUUAUGCUCGGAAACAUGGUUCCUUCUUUUAUGAACGAGGACGAGUUUCUUGAAAGCGAGAUAAAUUGA